AUGCUCGAGGAAGGCGAGGGUCUCGGGCUGGAACUGCACGUCGGUAGGUGGACACUGCACAAGUGGUGUCUCGUGCUGUCUGUGUGCACGGUCUUUGUAUAUGGGACGGCCGGUCUGAUCUGUGCGAUCUUGACAUGGUUCAGAGCCUGGGAUCACGCGGAUGUGAUGUACGUCGCCGACUACGACAUCCUAGUGCUCAUCACCCUGGCCUCCUCUAUCCUCCUCCUAACCUUCCUCGUCGGCAUCUCCGGCGCACUCCUCAACUCGCGCCCACUCCUCGCUGUAUACGCCCUCCUCCUAUGGCCCGCUCUCGUCUCGAUGCUCGCGAUCGGCUACACCUCAUACAAACGAUCGGCCUUCGCGCUCGACCGCAAGCUCAACCUCGCGUGGUCGCAGUGGUACACGCCGCGCGGGCGACUCGUCAUCCAGGAAUCGCUCCGCUGCUGUGGGUUCUACAGCGCUUUGCACGAGGCGGCCGCGAGCAAGGCGUGUUACCCGCGCACGCCGCUACCCGGGUGCAAGGGCAAGCUCUGGCGCGUCGAGCGCGAGAGCCUUGCACUCGUAUGGAACACCGUGUUCUCGCUCGUGCCGGUGCACAUCCUGAACAUCGUGGUUGCACUCCUCUGCGCGAAUCACGUCACGCGUACGUUUGGGAAAGGUCUCACUCCGAAGCGAUACAGGCUGAGCGGGGAGGACGUGCGCGCGGACGCGCAGGCGCUCAUGAAAGCUCUGGGGCCGUUCGGCGACGUGCGUCCCGUCGCCCGUCCGGGAUUCACGCGCGCGCCAUCAAGCGGGGUGUUCAGGGAGGACAAGUCGUACUAUGAUAGCUUGGACGAGUGGGAGUCUGACUCGAAAGCCGAUACCGUUGGGCUUGGGAUUCGGAGACGCUAA